GCAUUGCUACACUACACAGGACAGGCUGAACCAUGGACGUCUCGUCACUCUUUGCUCUCUUGCGCUCGCCAUUCCUCCUCCUCGCUCUGCUGGUGCCAAUCUUCUCCUUGUUCCUCUUCUCUGCCAAGAAGAAGCUUUCUCCGUCCUGCACCGAUGGCGGCCAGCGGCUGCCUCCGUCGCCGCCGGGUUUUCCCAUCCUCGGCCACCUGCCCCUUCUUGGCUCCCUGCCGCACCGGAAGCUCUGGUUGCUGGCCGAGGCGCACGGUCCGGUCAUGCUCCUGCACCUCGGCCGCGUGCCAACCGUCGUGGCCUCCUCGGCGGCCGCGGCGCAGGAGGUCAUGAAGACUCGCGACCUGGCCUUUGCAAGCCGUGCCCAGAUACGCAUGGCCGAGCGGCUGCUCUACGGCCGCGACAUGGUAAUGGCGCCCUACGGCGAGUACUGGCGCCGGGCCCGCCGCGUUUGCGUGGUCCACCUCCUCAACGCGCGUCGCAUCCUAUCCUUCCGCCGCGUCCGGGAGCAAGAGGUCGCCGCCCUGCUCGACGGCGUCCGCCGCCGCUCGCUUCACCCGCCGGGCGUAGUGAACCUCAGCGACAUGCUCACCUCCUACUCCAACGCCGUCAUCAAGCGGGCGGCGUUCGGCGACGGGGAGUACGGGCUCGACGGCGACGACGCGGGUGAGAAGCUGAGGAAGGUGCUCGACGACUUCGAGGAGCUGCUGGGGACGCCCACGGUGGGGGAGUUCGUGCCGUGGCUGGCAUGGGUGGACACGCUGACGGGGCUGGAUGCCAGGGCGACGCGCACGUUCGAAGCGCUGGACGGGUUGCUCGAGCGCGUCAUCGCGGCCCACCGCCAGCGGCGUCUAGCCGGCGGGCCGCUGGUGGGCGACGGCGAGGACGAUCAGCGGGACUUCGUGGACGUGCUGUUGGACGUGAGCGAGACGGGGGAGGAGGCCGGCGGAGUCCGGUUCGACGUGGUCAGCAUCAAGGCAAUUAUGCUGGAUAUGUUUGCCGCUGCCACAGACACAACCUACACGACAUUGGAGUGGACCAUGGCGGAGCUCAUCAACCACCCUUCCGUAAUGCAAAAGCUCCAGGACGAGAUCCGCGCGGCCGUCAAUGGCGCCAGCCAGGUGACCGAGGACCACCUCGGCACGCUGCGCUACUUGAGGGCCGUGAUCAGGGAGACACUCCGUCUGCACGCGCCCCUGCCGCUCCUCCUGCCCCGGGAGACGCUGGAGGACACGGAGUUGCUGGGCUACCACAUUCCGGCACGGACACGCGUGGUGAUCAACGCGUGGGCCAUCGGCCGUGACCCGGCGACAUGGGAGCGCGCCGAGGAGUUCGUGCCCGAGCGGUUCGUGGACGACCCGGCAGAAUAUGGCGCUGGGCAUGACGACUUCAGGGCCGUGCCGUUCGGCGCCGGGAGGAGGGGUUGUCCCGGGGUCGGGUUCGCCGUGCCGUCCAUGGAGCUGGCGCUGGCGAGCCUGCUGUACCAUUUCGACUGGGAGCCGCCGCUAGCAGCCGGCGGCGCAGUGUCGAAGCUGGACAUGAGCGAGCUGUUUGGGAUAUCUGUGCGACUGAAGGCGGCGCUGCAUGUGGUUGCUAAGCCACGGUCUCCAUGACCGUGGUGUUGUACGUACUACUACAACUACUAAUACUUUAAAUGUAUUGAUGAAGGAAUGUUCAUCGUGAGUGGUACCGUUAUGCGUGUAUAUGGAGUACACUAGUGUGUUUGUAAAAUUAAUAUGUUCCAUGCUCAUUA